AUGCGGAUGCAAUGUGCGGUCGUCGAAUUAGAAAUACCCAACUACCAAAGUGCCCUAGAUGUGUCAUGGCAUCAAGGCAAAAUCAAUUGGAAGAAAGUGAAGAACACCGGGAUAGAGCAUGUGAUAAUGAAAGCUACAGAAGGAUCAUAUCAUCAAGAUGUUACGUUUCUAUACAACUGGGAAAUGGCCAGAAUGAACAAUAUUAGAACAAGCGUGUAUCACUAUUUUAGAGCUUUAAUGAACCCCGACGAACAGGUUGCUAAUGUUAUCAAAACUUUGAACUUGACUACUUUUAAUUAUAGAGAAGACAUUUUAGCUAUUGAUGUCGAAGAAAAAGGCAACGAAUUAGCUUCUCCUGACCAAGUUGCACAUACUCUACACAGAUUUCUUAAAGGCUUAGAAUCAAACAAUUUCGUCAACGUUUAUAUCUAUUGUAAUUAUAACUAUUGGGAAAAUCAGGUUAACUGGAGGAUAUUUGAUUUCAGCAAAUAUCCUCUUUGGAUCGCAUGGUACAAUAGUGAGAUCAACUCCCAACCUAAAAUUCCGUCAACAUGGAAAACUGUUGGUUGGACGUAUUGGCAAUACUCCAAUCUUGGAAAGGUUGACGGUAUUGAUACUUACGUUGAUCUAGACUUCUGCAAAACCUGCACGACCAACGGAACUUCGGUAACUUCGUAA